UGAACGGGAGUGUAUACUAGUCUUUCUCAGAUGGACCCAAAAAGUGGAAGUUGACAAGAUAAUCAAAUUGUAGCGGAAAUUCAUGGAAAUCAUUUGAUGGGGAAAGUAACCUCAAACAAACCACUCAUCUUCCAAUCAAAGCUCCUCUGUUUCUCUCUGUUAUACCUCUUCACAACUCUCUUUCUCGCUCUUUACAAUUCUCUUUCUUCCACGAAAUGCCUCUUCAGAUCAUCGCCAUUCGAACCAAUCCGAACCCCUCUCUUCCUCUACCCUCUCUCCUAUGGAGAGCACAAGUAUGCUAUCCCCACACAUCGCUCUUCUUGCUCCUCCCCUGUAUACUUUUCUGAUUAUUGGAUGGUUUUCAAUGAGAUCCGAGAUAUGUGUCACAAUUCAUCGGUUGUUUCUGCGAAGAGUUUGAGGUAUAUUCAGGGCAAGAGUGGUAGUUUUGGUGGGAAUUUCACUACCCAGAAGAGAUUUUCUUAUUUUGAUCAUGAGAACAAUGAGAAUGUGGAGAUUCCUUGUGGAUUCCUCAAGAAUUUUCCGAUCAGCAAUUCCGACGCUGUUACUCUGAAUGGACUUGACUACCAUCAACUAAUAUCGAGAAAAUCCGGCGAAUAUAAGAUCGGAGCAUGGAGAAUUGUUAGGGUUUCAAGCAAGAAUUUGUAUCAAAAUCCAGCCAUGAAUGGAGUGAUACCAAAGUACUUAGUUCACAGACUAUUCCCAAACUCAAAAUUCAGUAUUUGGGUUGAUGCAAAGUUGCAAUUAACAGUUGAUCCUUUAUUGUUGAUUCAUAGUCUUCUUACAUCAGAAGAAGUAGACAUGGCGAUAUCGAAACAUCCGUACUACAUUCAUACAAUGGAAGAAGUCAUGGCAACUGCUAGGUGGAAGAAAUGGUGGGAUGUUAAUGGGUUGAAGAUGCAAAUGGAAACUUACUGUGAAAAUGGGUUGCAGCCAUGGACACCCAAUAAACCCUACCCCUCUGAUGUGCCAGAUAGUGCACUGAUCAUAAGGAGACAUGGACUAAGGAACAAUUUGUUCUCAUGCCUAAUUUUCAAUGAGUUGGAAGCAUUCAACCCAAGAGACCAAUUGCCUUUUGCUUAUGUGAGGGACCAUAUGAAGCCAAAGAUGAAGAUGAACAUGUUUGAGGUUGAAGUUUUUGAACAGGUUGCAGUGGAGUUCAGGCACAACCUUAAAAAAACAGCUGGAACCAGUUUCAGUAGGACUGCACCAAAGAGGACCAAAAGGGCAACCCAUGAUUUGUUUGGUAAUAGCAGUUGUUGUAGUAGGUGCCGUACUUAUUUAUUGGAAAUAUGGGGUGAAUCCCAUAAUUGAUUUUUUUUUUCUUUUUGUAUGUUAAUGGUACGAUUACAUAGAGAAUACCUAGAGGUGUUAAGCAGGACUCCAACCCGGAACGGCCCAGCACAUCUCCACGGGCUGGGGUUCCUGGCACCCAUGGCGUGGCCUGUUGCGGGCUGGCCCACCGCCCAGUUUGAUUUUAAAAUAUUUUAAGUAGGGGAAUAACCAUUGCAAAUAAGGUUG